GGCAGCUUCCUUCUCUCCCCCCUCGAAUUGACUCGCUCUUCAUUCUCAAUCCUUCUUCUCUAUAAAUUCGAUCUUCAUUCUCCCUUUUCUUCAUUCCAAUUCUUUUGCAGGUUUUUGUUUCAACCCAUUUACCAAUCUCUCCUCUUUUCUCCCUUCUCAAAUCUCUCAGAUAUGACUACUGAUGAGAAUUCCAAUGGUGAUAAGAAUCGAGUUCCGAGGUUGAAUGAGAGGAUUCUUUCUUCUUUGUCUAGAAGAUCGGUUGCUGCUCAUCCUUGGCAUGAUCUUGAGAUUGGACCUGAUGCUCCCAAGAUUUUCAACUGUGUUGUUGAGAUUACAAAGGGAAGCAAAGUCAAAUAUGAACUUGACAAGAAGACAGGGCUGAUCAAGGUUGAUCGGAUUCUGUAUUCAUCAGUGGUCUAUCCUCAUAAUUAUGGCUUCAUCCCCCGUACACUGUGUGAAGACAAUGAUCCUAUGGAUGUUCUAGUACUUAUGCAGGAACCAGUUCUUCCUGGCUGUUUUCUCCGAGCCAAGGCCAUUGGACUAAUGCCCAUGAUUGAUCAGGGAGAGAAGGAUGAUAAGAUCAUUGCAGUUUGUGCUGAUGAUCCAGAAUACAAGCAUUAUACCGACAUCAAAGAGCUUCCCCCUCAUCGUCUCUCUGAGAUUCGUCGCUUCUUCGAAGACUAUAAAAAAAAUGAAAACAAGGAGGUGGCAGUUAAUGAAUUCUUACCUUCAGGCGUUGCUCUUGAAGCUAUACAGUACUCAAUGGAUCUUUAUGCUGAGUACAUUCUGCACACCCUGAGGCGAUAGACCAAUGCCAAUCAUCCCGCCGAACACCUUAAUAAAAGGCGUCGCAACGAUUAUACUUCAAACAAACAUGUUCUAUUGUAAUGUGGGACUGCUAUUCUUUUUUGUUUUUGUUUUGUUUUCGUUUUGUUUCGAUUAGAUUAAUCCCAUGUUGAGGUCUAAGCCGUUUAUUUUUUGUUUCCUUUAUGAAUUUGAUCAAUAUAUUGAAUGAGUACUCCAUAUUCUCUUAACAAA